GUCAUUAAACUCCAACUUGCUUAUUAUUAAUAUUAUUAUUUUUCCUAGUUUUCUAGGUGUAGUUUGAAGCUUGUAGGGACUUUUCCAGUAUUGGGAACUUUCUAAUUCCUUUGUUUAUUAUUAUUGUUUUUUAGUCUCAUUUUGUUCUGGAUUUUAACCCUUAACAAUCAAAUAAACUUCACAAAAUGAGAGUAGCUAGGCAGCCUGCUGCAGCUGUUGCAAAAAUGGAGUGCAAUUCUAGUGAAGAAGACAGUGAGUUAAGGAGAGGGCCAUGGACUCUUGAAGAGGAUACUCUUCUUACUCGUUACAUUUCUCACCAUGGCGAAGGCCGCUGGAAUAUGCUUGCUAAAUGUGCAGGACUGAAGAGAACUGGAAAAAGCUGCAGAUUGAGAUGGCUGAACUACUUGAAACCUGACAUUAAACGAGGGAACCUAACUCCACAGGAGCAACUACUGAUCCUGGAACUCCAUUCCAAGUGGGGGAACAGAUGGUCAAAAAUUGCACAAUGUCUGCCUGGAAGGACUGACAAUGAAAUAAAAAACUAUUGGAGAACAAGAGUUCAAAAGCAAGCUCGCCAGCUUAAUAUUGAGUCUAACAGCAAGAGAUUUCUUGAAGCUGUGAAAUGUUUUUGGAUGCCAAGGUUGCUUCAGAAGAUGGAGCAGAACUCUUCAAAUUCUUCUUCUUCUUCAUUUUCUUCUCCUCCUGGUUUUUUAACCAACUCUUCUCAGUCAUAUUCCUCCUCUACGCUGCCAAUCACAACACUCAUGUACAACACAAAUCAUCACUUCAGUGAAAACUCAAGUUUAGUUCCAGUCACCAGCCCACCUGAGCUCCCCUCAGAUUUUACAAAAAUCUCCCUGCAGCAGCCUCAAGAAAUUACUCAACAGCCAACAGUUGAUGCUAACACUGUCUACGGCAACCAAAUUCCAAGUGAGAGUUACUAUGUAGACUGUUGUGGGUAUGACAUGGAGGGGUUCAAUCUAGGUGCCAUGACAGGAAUGGGCAGUUUCGACGUUUCGUCCUCCUCCGAAUCCCAGGUGGCUGGUGGCGACUGGAUGUCGAAUGACAUGAUAGAUGCCUUGUGGAACAUGGAUGACAUAUGGCAGCUUAGGGAGUAAGUAGAGAUGGGCAUCAUCUUGACAGUGGGGGGUGGCAUUUUUAUUAUUGGAUGGUCCACCAACACAUAAUAAUCAACUUGACUACUCAUGAUUAUCAGAACAUCAAAAUCAUCCACAUUGAAUUCAACAGUUAUCUGAUAACUCAAAGCAUUAUAGAGUACUAUAGUUUAUAAAGUUGUUGUUUCUUUUUCUUUUUCUAAAUUAUAUGUUUCCAGUGUCUGGUUUUAGCAUUGCCUAUAAGUGUUUAUUGUAUAACCAAUUAAAUUAUCUAUAAUAGAUGUUAUUACAGUGUUAAAUAUA